GAAUGAUUAUUAAUGAUUUUUAUUUAAAACACGGGGAAUUAUUCACAGAGAUAUAUAAAGUACACAAUAUUGUUAUGUAAGUGACUCUGCAAGAACUGUACAGCCUGAGCCGCAUCUGGAAAACUGAGUCUUUUAUUGAGACUCAGUGCUGCUGGAUACAGACUGGUUCCAUAUGGAUCAGGAAUCACAGAGAUGAACAGGGAGAGGAGAGAAGGGCUUGGUGCAAGGAAGCAGACAGGAAGUGACACAAACAGGAAGUUCCCUACAUGCAAUGGCUUUGUUGCCAGAUCUACCCACAGUAACCAACCUCCGGUGCUUCAGAAACCUCACGCCCAGGAGAUGAAUUCUGCCCCAAAAGCCCAACAGAACCAAAUGCCCCAACUUUGCACAGUAACUGGGGGGAAGCUGAUUGUAACCCCCAAAUUAACAAAACACACACAGCCUGAUGCUGAGGAAAAGCUACAUGGAAGUCAGAAAAUGAACAAUAUUUCAGGCAAAAUCCAAUAUUCUACUGUACAUCAGACAAGAAAGACAUUAGCCCAAAGCACAAAGCAAACUGUGUUCCCUAAACCAUUUGGGGUUAUAAAUCCGUUUGUCUGUGUUAAGUGCAAGAGAAGGUUCGGCAGCAAUGGGAACCUCCUCAUCCAUCAGCGCAUUCACACAGAGAGACCGUUCUCUUGCACUGAUUGUGGGAAAUGUUUCUCCCACAGAACCAUCCUCCGAGAGCACCGCCGGGCUCAUAUGGGAAAGGGGCCCUUCCCCCACAGCACUGGGGGCAAUAAAAUCCCAUCAGGUAAGGGCAACUUUCAGAGGCACCAAGGGGCGAGUGCUAAAGGGAAACCACUCACCUGCACUGAGUGUGGGAAAUCAUUCAAACGCAAGUCUUAUUUGCGCGUACAUGAACGCACACACACCGGGGAGAAACCUUAUGUUUGUACCCAAUGUGGUAAAGGCUUUUCCUGGAAGGAGAGUCUUAAUACACAUUCAGUUAUUCAUUCUACAGAGAAACCUUUUACCUGCACUGAGUGUGGGAAAUGUUUCCGUAUGAAGCAACAUCUUAAAUCUCAUGAGAAGACUCACACUGGGGUUAAAGAUUUUGUCUGUACAGAGUGUGGGAAACAAUUCGCUCACCAAAACCACCUCCGGCAACACCAGCGCAUUCACACCGGUGAGAAACCAUUUGUCUGCAGUGAGUGUGGGAAAAGCUACACGCAGAAAAUAAACCUAAAGAUUCAUCUGCGCGUUCACACAGGAGAGAAACCCUUUGCCUGCACAGAGUGCAAUAAAAUCUUCCGAUCAGAUCGUUGGCUCCAUGCCCACAAACUGACUCACACUGGUGUGAAGCCUUUUCAGUGCAAAGAGUGUGAUCAGUCCUUCUUAAUAAAGGGUCAUCUUAAGGUUCAUCAGCGGACACAUACAGGAGAGAGACCUUACACCUGUCCUGAAUGCGGGAAGAGUUUUAUAACGCAUUUAUCCUUAAGUCGACACUAUGACAGUCACAUCGGGAAAAAGCCAUACGCCUGUACAGAGUGUGGGAAAUGUUUCCUUAUGAAGAUCAAUCUCAAAUCUCAUGAGAAGACUCACACUGGAAUUAAAGAUUUUGUCUGUACAGAGUGUGGGAAACAGUUCUUUCAAAAACACAGCCUCCGCCAACACCAGCUGAUUCACACCGGUGAGAAACCAUUUGUCUGCAGUGAGUGUGGGAAAAGCUACAGGCUUAAGAUUGGCCUAAAAGCUCAUCUGCGAGUUCACACAGGAGAGAAACCCUUUGCCUGCACAGAGUGCAAUAAAACCUUCCGAUCAGUGCAAGGAUUACAUGAACACAAACUGACUCACACUGGUGUGAAGCCUUUUCAGUGCAAUGAAUGUGGUAAAUCCUUCUCAGCAAAGGGAGUUCUUAAGGCUCAUCAAAGGAUACAUACAGGAGAGAAACCUUAUACCUGUGCUGAAUGUGGGAAAAGCUUUACAGCACAAGAAUCCUUAAAUCAACACAGUCACACUCACACUGGGAUAAAGCCAUACGCCUGUACAGAGUGUGAGAAACGUUUUAGAAAAAAGGCUGAUCUGAAAUACCACCAAUAUACCCAUACUGGGGAGAAACCAUUUGAGUGUACAGAGUGUGGGAAAUGUUUUCCAAAAAAGUUUGCAAUGAAACGCCACCAAUUUAUCCAUACUGGGUUGAAACCAUUUCAGUGUACAGAGUGUGGGAAAAGCUUUGAUACUAAAUAUCAUCUUACAGCUCACCACCUGACUCACACUGGGAUUAAAGCUUUUGUCUGUACCGAGUGUGGGAAACAGUUUGUGGCCAAAAGAAGCCUCCGGCAGCACCUGAAGAUUCACACCGGUGAGAAGCGCUAGGUUCAUGGAACUCGCACUAAGGAGAAGGGCCUUUAAACAGCGGUGUCACCUGAGAUAAGCCCCCCUGCCGUAAAACUGCUGCUGCCCAGGGGGGGCGCUGUAACAAAACACUAGCGGUGGCCAUAGUCGCGCCAAUAUAAUCGUACAAAGUGAUGUUUCUUAUGAUUUUCAGACUGUGCUUGGGCUCUGAAUUAUCAUCCCAAUAAUUUUCAUACCAUGACGUUUGUAGAGUGUAAGCUCUUUUGGGCAGGGCUCUCUUCCCCUCUUGUAUCGGUUAUUGGUUGCUUUAUAUGUUACUCUGUAUGCCCAAUGUAUGUAACCCACUUAUUGUACAGCGCUGCGGGAUAUGUUGGUGCUUUAUAAAUAAAUGUUAAUAAUAAUAAUGACGAUCAGUCAUUUAGUCGAUCAAUAGACAAUUCUGGUCCUCGGGGAGACCUACAGUGUGUUUCUGGGACAUCACUUUUGUACCGUUGUUGUCCUUUGCUUUCAAUAAGGAUAAUUUAUAUCUUAGUU